AUGACCGUCAAGGCAGAGCAAGACCUUUAUUUGGAUCCCUCAAUUAGGGACUGGGUGCUCAUCCCUAUCACCUUGAUCAUGGUGUUGGUCGGUGUAUUGAGACACUACGUCACCCUUCUUCUCAACUCCCCACCGAAGAAGCAACUCGCGGCAGCUGUUCGAGAACAACGAGCAUUAGGUCGUGCAGCACUUUUAAGAGCGACAGCUCCUUUAUCGCCUCUCCCCCCAGCACAAUACAAGUCAUUCUCGGUAUCAUCUGCUUCCGCUCUUUCUUCAGGUGAAUACCUGAAACCAUCACCUCAGAAAGAAGAUGAUGCCGGUCCCGCCAACCCUUUUGAGAAUGGUCAAAUGGAUACAAUGAUGGAUGGUAUGAAGAAACAAGGUGUAAUGAUGGUACCAAAUAUGGUCAUCAUGCAAUAUAUCAACAUGUUCUUCUCAGGAUUUGUGCUCAUGAGACUACCUUUCCCUCUGACUGCCGGUUUCAAAUCGCUCUUGUCGAGAGAUAUUCCUAUGCCCGAUUUAGACGUCAGAUGGGUAUCUGCAUUAUCGUGGUACUUCCUCAACCUAUUUGGACUUAACGGUGUAUUCAAGCUUAUCUUAGGUUCAAAUAAUGCCGCCGUCGAUACACGUGACAUGUCGGCUAUGUCUUCCCUUUCAGGUGCAGGAGGAGGUAUGAUGCCCGGACCAGGUCAGCCUGAUAUGUCCAAGUUAUUCAAGAGCGAAGUCGAGAAUUUGGCAUUAGCCGAAGGGAUGUAUAAAUGGGUAGGAGUCGAUAUAGAAGAUAGAGUCUUGAAAGGUUGGGGAAAGGUCUAG